AUGGCAAAUGAGAGGGUCAGCCUCAAGGUCACCAGGGACCUGAAAGCUGCUGUCUCUGCCAUUCUCCAGGGAUAUGGGGACAGGCAGGGGCCAGUGACAGAUGCCAGUGCUGAGCUGCACAGACUCUGUGGCUGCCUGGAACUGCUACUGCAGUUUGACCAGAAAGAGCAAAGAAGCUUCCUGGGGGCUCGGAAGGAUUACUGGGACUUCCUGCUCACUGCCCUGCGGCGGCAGCGGGGGUAUGAAGAACAGACCAGCUUCGUGUGCUCACAGGACAAGCUGAAGACCUCUCUGGGAAAAGGACGUGCCUUUAUCCGCUUCUGCCUCACCCGAGGACAGCUAGCCGAGUCCCUGCAGCUGUGCCUUCUGUGCCCAGAGCUCACCAGGGAAUGGUAUGGCCCCCGGAGCCCUCUGUUGUGCCCUGAGCUCUGGGAAGACAUCUUGGAUUCUCUCUAUGCCCUCAAUGAAGUUGCCUUCAACUUGGACCUGCAGCGGCCAGAUCUAGAUGGAGCCUGGCCCAUGUUCUCAGAGUCCCGCUGUUCCAAUUCCAGCCAAACCCAGGGGAAAAGACCCAGGAAGAUGAAAGGUUUCUCAAAGGAGGUAGGAUGCUCUGAAGAACAGCUACAAGGGCUGCAUAUCCAUGAAGCCAGCUGUCUACAAGAUGCUUCCAGAGAAGACCACCUACCUGACCUCCCUACCUCCUUGCAACAUGGGCAUCUUCCCACCUUUUCAGAAAAGAAGAGAGAAGAUUCUAGGACCCUCAGUUGCCCCCAGAGCACUUGGAAACAACAUGGGGAGGAGCUUCAGUUAGACCAGGAGGAGGGAGCCCCAAAGACAGGGAAAUUCCAGGAGAACUCAAUGGCCAGUAUUCAGCAACAGAGAGAAGGGGCCAAGGGGGUGACAGGGAUGGAAGCUGAGGGCAAAAGCAGUCUUCCAGGGAUAGAAGCUCAGAGAACACACAAAGCGGAAGUAGACUGGGGUCAUGACCAGCACCUGCCAGCCCAUGAUUUCCAAGGAAGGGCAGAGGAAACAGCAGUGGGGAACAAGCUGGGGCAAGCACUGCCUAGCAUUCUAGGGCAGCCCUGGGUUCUACAGGACUUGGGAACAAAGGGAGGUUACACCACAGAGAAGCCAACAGGAGUGACCAGUGUGACCAGGCAGAAAGACCAAGCAGAAGUGACCUUGCAGGAGGUGGUCAAGGGCCUCAGGCAUGGGCUCCGGCAGACUGAGGAGCAGGCCCAACGCCAGGAGCAGCUACUGAGAGCACAGGACCAGGAGCUGCAGAUGCUCCAGGAGCAGCUCAGCAGGUGCCAGGCAGAAAGAGCCCAACUGCAGGCAGAGCUGGAACAGAAGCAGCAGGAGGCUGAGAGGAGGGUCGCCAUGUAUGAAGAAGAGCUUGAAGGGCAGCGGGACCUGGUCCAGGCCAUGAAGAGGAGGGUGUUGGAACUGAUUCAUGAGAAGGACAGCCAGUGGCAGAGACUCCAGCAGCUGUCCGCCAUGGUCCCUGGACACUGUGUGGGUUGCAGCAAGGUCUUUGGACGGCUGUCUCGGCGAUAUCCAUGCAGGCUCUGCAGAGGCCUGGUUUGUCAUGCCUGCUCUGCAGACUACAAGAAGAGAGAACACCGCUGCCCACCCUGUGCCCAGGGAGAAGAAACCCAGAUCACCUGA